AUGUCAUCCUCUUCUACGUCAUCACCAUCAGCCAAUAGUAUCACCACCCUAUUGACCACCACCACCACCACCACCACCACAAAUACCACUUCAACUAUCACUCCACUCUCAGUCGUCUCUGGUUAUGCCAUUACCAUUCUCGGAAUUCAAAUGCUCAACCACAUCUUCAACUCGUACUAUGUUGAAACCUUUUUAUUGAUUCAUCAAUUACCAUCUUCUUAUUUUUAUAUUGGACAAUUUCUAUUUGCUAUAUUCAAUGCGAUUAAUGAUCCAUUGUUUGGAUAUGUGAGUGAUGAAUUAAUUUAUGGACAUUCUCAGAAAGGAAGAAGAUUGAAACAUUCUCGUAAUUUGACUCGUCAACAAAUCAUGUGGUAUGGAUGUCCAUUAUUAGUGAUCUCUUUUUUAUUACCAUGGAUUCAAAUGAGAAGUUUUGUUUUUGAAACUAAUACUAGUAAUAAUACUAUGAAUAUUAGUAAUAAUAGUAAUACUACCAGUUUAGGUGACUUGAUUGCUCUCAUUCAAUUUAUUCUUUCAUUAUUCUUAUGGGAUAGUAGUUUCACAUGGGUGGUGUUGAAUCAUUGUGCUCUUUUACCUGAAUUGACUGAAAGUGAUAAAGAAAAGGGAAGAAUUAGUACUGCUGUGAGUGUGUGUAGUGUAUUAGGAUCUCUCUUUCUAUUGCCAACUUUUUAUUUAUUUGAAAGACCAAAUUCUCAAGAAUCUUCCUAUUCAGGAAAUUUAUCACCAUUUCGAUUGUAUUGUACCAUUGUAGCCAUGAUAUCACUUGGAUUUUUGUGGUGUGGAAAUUAUCUCAUUAAUCGAGGAAUGACCAUUGUGAGAAGAGGAGAAUAUUCUCUGAUUAGAUUGAAUGAAGAAAGUGAUGACGAAAAGGAUGACGAGAAUGAUCAUCCUCCUCCUCACAACAGUAUGAAUACCACUACGACUUUGAUCGAUUCAUCCUCCACAGAGAGCACUAGUUCUACAAACUCUGUUGCAAGAUCAAAUUCAUCCUCUCCAAGAUUUGACAUCACUGACUCUCACUUGUCACUCCUCCAUCGCAUCAAAAAAGUUGUGAAUUUUGUAAAGAGUUAUUUAUUGGACUUUUUCAGAAUUUUCAAACAACUUGUAACCUUACGUAACUUUGUAUUAUUUGUUGCUGUGAAUUUUAUGAAUAUUUUUACAGUUGCAUUGUUUGAUUCAUUCAAAGUGAGAUACAUUAGAUUAUAUGUUCAACCAUGGAUGAAGAGUAUUCUCAACUCGAACGAUAACACUCAAAAUUUUGCCUCUAUUUAUUUGACAUUUUGUACCUUUAUUGCAGAGUGUUUUGCAGUUUUGAAUAGUUAUCUGAGUAUUCGAUAUUCAGCAUAUUCUCUAUUGAGAAAUACUUUCAUUUUCAGAGCUGUAGUGAGCUCCAUGACUUUACUCUUGUUUUUAUUAUUUUUGAACCAAGAGACUCUUGGUUUGAGAGGAUCCAUGCUGCCAACUCUAUUCUUAUUUGUGAAUUUAGUUGUGUUGGGAAGCGUGGGUCGUUUAUUGGAAAUCAGUCUUUCAAAAGUUGUGGAUGAAGAUUGUCAUUGCUAUAAGAGAAAGGAAAAGAAUAGUGGUAACAUUUAUGGUAUCAAUGCAUUGUUAACAAAACCAGCAUUUUCACUUGCACCCUCUUUGGCUACCAUCUUUGUGGGAAAAGAUGAUGAAUCGACCACAACAACAGUUAAAGGAAUUUCAAACGGUUCCAUGCCAACACUAUUUUAUUUGUUUGUGAUUGGCAACUUAGUUUGUGCGUUGUUGCAAUUCGUACUGUGGAGGUUUUAUACUUUGAGAGGUGACACCAGUUUAACUCAGUCAACAUUAACCCCAAAUACAUCCUCAACAGCUGCAACACGAAACAACAAUGAAUAA